UGGAUAUAAUGGUAAUGUAUGGAUAUAAUGGUCAUGUAUGGAUAUAAUGGUAAUGUAUGGAUAUAAUGGUAACAUACUGUACAUCUCUCUAUCUAAUCCAAACCAAUAUCCGUCAGGACUAAAACGUGACUCCCAGCAUUGACUACUGGAUGGAUGGAUGAGAAUAAGAAAAGAGAAAGAAAGAAAAGAUAUAGCUGACGUAUCGGCCAGUGGCGUCUCUGAAACUCGUAGCUGCACUUAGGAGUGACCUUUUCUAGAGGGAAAUGUUGUUUCUCACUCCGUCCGAACCAAACGACAGGAAGCUUUGAAACACACGGCCACCCCGGUCCCCCCCUCUUUGGCAUUGUUGAGUCUAAAGUUCUGCUCGCUUUCUCCGCAAGAAAAAUAAUCUGUCAGGGAGAGAUUGCAAUACAGUCAACAGGCAUGUUUGGGUGGCUGGACUAAGAAAGGAAAGAGAGAAUGAUUGGAAGAAAGGGGGAGGAAGAGAAAAUAAUCGUCUGGGUUUUGGAGAAAAAUAAAGAUUUAGAGGGAGGCAAGACAGACGCAAACAGAAACAGAAAAGUUUGAUGGUUUCUCAGCCUUUCUCCUUUAGCUGGAGAUUUGAAGUAGAGCACAUCGUUAUUGUUAAAGUGUCUUGGCUGUGGUCCAUGGGAACUGAUCCAGCGUGCUGUGUGUCCGUGGAGCUCCCAGCCUGCUUUAGUCUCCUGGGACAUCCCUGAUACUGUUUCUGGUCCUGUUCUCCCAUCCAUCACCCUCCCUCCUUGCUAGCUAGCUAGCUACAGGACUAAAGGAAAACCUUAAGGAGGAAUACUGAAGGAAGUCUGGGGGAAGAGGUGUCCAGCAGCAGGAGAAGCAACAUGGAUAGCUAAGAUUCUCUUUAUCCCCACUGGUGAUUCACUUUUUUCGCUCCACUCGCUCCAAAAGAGGACUGUCUGAACUUACUCUGAACGCUCCACAAACGGUGAUCCUCAAACUGACACACAGACCAAACCAGGGAGGGCUGCAGACGGUCUGGGUAGAAGAAGAGACAGAAACUGUGGAGCAAACCAGAGGAGAAUAAGAGAGGCUCCAGAAGUCCUCCAGCAGAGCAGCAAAGCUCCCCCAGAUCGAGGCACCUUCCUGGGAGUAGAGAUGGAGACAGAGAGGGGUCAUAUGUCUGUGAGGAGAGGGGUAAGCUGGAGCCCAGGUGGAGGGAGGAAGCCCCUUCAGAGGGUGCAUGGCGGGAACACGGACACCGGCAAAAGAGAGAGUGACGCAUCUUCGGAAAGGCGGGACUACAAAGCGAUCCGAGGACAGGCGACAUCAACCUCCACCAAUCAGCUGACUCGAAAAACCAACCUGACGCGUAGUGCCAGCCUAUCAGAGAAGGAGUUGAAGGAGGCGAUGAGGUCACAGAUCAUCGCGGCCCAGCUGACCGUCCCGUCUGGCUGCUCCAACUCCCGCGGAGUCCAGCUCUUCAACCGCCGCAAGCAGAGGGUCGACGCCUUCACGCUAGAGAGCUGCGGGAAAAGAGGAGAGGAGAGAGACGGAGACAACAGGAACAACAACCUGACAUGGGAAGGGGAGAGGGAGGGUCCUAGUGGAGGGACAGAGACAGACAGACAACUGAACUGGAAGAAGGGCAGCGAGACAAAACCACCACUCUGGUCGCCACCUUUUGGAAGUGAGGUCACAGGAAGUGACAUCAUGGAGGACCCAGGUGACGAGCACAUCUACGAGGAAGUGGACGUGAUACAAGAGAGACACUUCCAGCCAGUGAACGAGAGAGAAGAGGAGGAGGAAGAGAGGAGUGGAGAGAGAGAAAGAGAGGAGAUAUACGAGGAUAUUGAGGGUGAAGUGAAGGAUGAGAUUAUAUCAGUAAAUGACAACAACACUGGUCCAGUCAGAGAGGAAGUGGGGAUGAAUAGGGGGUCAUACACAUACCCCACAGCUCCCCCUGAGAGCUGGCAUAAUGGCUUCCACAGCACCCAGGGCUCUGCUGGAGAGAUCCAAAAUGGCGGGCGAGCUUCUAUGUCCCUGUCCAGACAGACCCCCACCAUCGUCAACCGGACAGCCAGACCCUUCUUCUCCCCACCCACCGUACAGCUUAAGUCCCCAGAGGCCAGGAAUCCUGUCAUGGAUAACAACAUACCUCCAGCUCCCUCCUAUCUGACCUCCACUUCUCCCCCAGCCCCCUCCUACUCCACUCCCCCUCUCCCUGCUUUCACUGCCACUCGCCCUGUCGCCUUCUCCCCUCCGUCUUGCCCUGUCACCUUCUCCCCUCCUCCCCCUCUUUCCUCAUGCCCCAUGCCUCCUCUCCCAGCCUUCCCCAUCCAUCCUCCUCCUCCCUCCCAGUCUCUCUCCAGUCCUCCUCCCAAGUCUACCGUCAUGUUCCCUAGGUCUACACCAGUCCCCCAGUACAACCCUGCUCCUACAGCUGCCCCAGUGUCCCAGUAUCUACCCCCCAACCCUCUUGUCACCCAAUACAUCCCUCCUCCAACAUCCCCCAGACCCAACACCUUUGUCCCCUUCACCCCUCAGCCUAUUGGUCAAAAGAACCAGCAGCAGCCAAUCAAAACGGGCAUUCUGGAGGAAGGGGCGGCCAUCAGACGAUCGUCAACAGCCAGGAAGUCCAUGUUCACCUUUAAGGAGAAGCCUGUCAUGGCACCCAACCCUGAACUCCUCUCUCUGGUACAGGGGAACGAUGAUAGGAAGAAGCACGGCCUCCGCUCCGUUCCCGACUCAGCCCCAGAGGAGGAGCUGCUGGCUCUGGGGGCCGAGGCCUCUAACUUCUUAGCCAAGGAGGAGGUGAAGGCGGAGGCUGCCAAAGUGCCGGAGUGGUCCUCCUGUCUCAAGAGCUCCAGAACCAGGGAACCCAGGGGGCAGCACCAGCCAGAGCAGACCCUGACCAACGCAUCAGGGAAGGGGGCCGAGCUGUUCGCUAAGCGCCAGUCCAGGAUGGAGAAGUACGUAGUGGAGAAACAGAAUGUGUCCAUUGGUGGAGAUGGCCAGAUGAGGUCUCCAUCUCCCACCGCGUCUCUGCCGCCAUCUUGGAUCUAUCCAUCUAAUAUGCCUGGCCGGGUCAAAGCUAUCGCUAACAACACUGACCUCAGCGCCAGGCUGACACUGACCCUCCAGACCCCUCAGCCUGGGAACAGGAGGCCCAGCCAGCAGGCUUCAACCCCAGCCCCGGUCCUUGCAGAACCAACCCUGGAGUACGGCUGCACCAAGAUAGAGAUGGACCUCUCCAGGCACCAGCCCUACCAGCUCAACUCCUCCCUGUUCAUCUUCAACCCAGUCCAGGACUCUACCAGCACCGUGCUGAGCGCUCUGCCCCGAGUGGCCCCUCCACCACCCAAACCCCUGAUCUCAUCUGAGGCCUACACCAGGCAGGCCUCCCUGCCCUCCUCCAACCCUCAGUCACACAACUACAACAGCCUGCCCCGCUUCAGGCCUACCAUGUCCCCGUCACUUCAGCCUCCAUCAGGAGGAAUUAGAGGUGGGGAUAAUUAUCCUCCACAACACGGGGGGACUCCACAGCUGAGGGACCCCAGGAUCACCUCUCCUGUCUCUGCCUUCUCUCCAGAGAGAGUGGCCUCUCCUCGGUCGAGCGUCCAGGCAUCCAGACCCACCUUCUCUGCCAAGAGGGCAGGGAUCGAACCCCAGAUGAGGAAGGAGUCCCCUCCGACCCUCACCACCACCCCCACCAGGACACCGCAGUUCACCCGUCGGUUCAGCAGCCCAGAGGGACCCCCCACUUCCAGGCCCCUCCACCAGGCGACAGCCACCUCCCCUGCCUCCCCACCCUGGGAGACGAGGUGCAAGUCACCCACGGUGGUCAACCAAACCACCAAACCCUUCUCCACAGCCUCUUUAUCCAGGCCUAAACAAUCCACUACCACCUCACCUAUAUCACCUGUAUCUCCCUGGGGGUCCCGCUGUCCAUCCCCUAACAUCAACCAGACAACCAAACCCUUCUCCACAGCCUCUUUAUCCAGGCUUAAACAAUCCACUACCACCUCACCUAUAUCGCCUGUAUCUCCCUGGGGGUCCCGCUGUCAAUCCCCUAACAUCAACCAAACAACCAAACCCUUCUCCACAGCCUCUUUAUCCAGGCCCAAACAAUUCACUACCACCUCACCUAUAUCGUCUGUAUCUCCCUGGGGGUCCCGCUGUCAAUCCCCUAACAUCAACCAGACAACCAAGCCUUUCUCCACCACCAUCUCCAACUCUUCCUCUUCCAGACCCUCUCACCAAGGCACCAUCACCUCUCCUCUCUCCCCCUCGCCCCUAUCCCCUCCCUGGGGUUCCAGAUGCCAGUCUCCCAUCAUCAGCCCCAACAACUCCAAGGCAAACCAUCGCCUGUUAGCCAAGAACAUCAUCAACGCCGCCAAACGUAAAAACAGCCCGUCCCCAGGUGCUCUGAGCGGCCACAACCUCCCAAUCUCCCCACUAGGUGACACCACCCACCAGCACCACCAGGGCUAUGACCACCAGCACCACUACAGCAGCUCCAAACCCCCCUUCAGCCCCUACCAGCCCAGGGCCAUGGGGUGCCAGUCUCCCCCCUUCGCCAGCCCUCCUCCCACCCCUACAGGGGUGAUCCGGUCCCCAGUAAGGCUCUACAACACCAGGUCCCUCACUGACUCGGAUGCUUCGGUGGAGUCGGAGGACUCUGAGCUGAGGUCUCCAGGACUGCAGCGUACCCACAACACCUGUCCCCGGGGCUGGGGCGGCAGCCUGAGGGUGAAGAGGGGUAGUGUUGGCACCGACCUAUAGGGGGAGCCGGGGAGAGAGGGUCAAGAGAACGGACCAUUGAGCUUACCCAAUAAGAGAAGAAGAAACCCCAGAGAGGACAUUGAUACGGGGGACUGGUGGGUUUUGGGUAAUUUUUAAUUUCAUUGAUGUAUAGGAGCAUCUAAGAUGAAGGGCUCAGAGCCUCACAGGUGAGAUAUGGAAAGGACUUUGAAAGGAACUGAUCUUGUGUGUUUGUUGUUUUAGAGCAUCCAGGAGUAAGGGAUAAUAAUGGUGACCACACAGUAAAGAACCUGAUGCCCUUACCAACGCAGCUGGGACAUAGAAGCAACCUGUCUGGUGAUUCUAAAGUCAACUAAAACCCACUGAUUUGGCUGGCUGGCUAUAGAGUCCAGAACCAUCAAGCUCAGAGCUCAACAGGGGGAUUACUGAGAGGAGAUUGAAGGGACAAUUCACGGUUGCCUCUUCCUCUCAUUCUUACGUUUUAUAAAAAUACUUUAUACAUUUAUUUCACAAAAAAAAAAGGAACUGUAAGUAAUUGUAAAAUCCAAAGCGACAAUUUUAUAUUUGGACCUUGUCUUUGAAAAAACGAAAUGUAUUUUAUUCAGGAAUUGCUGAAAUGUAAAACUAGCUUACUUGCAUUUGACUACGACAAAAGUGCCAUGAAAAAUACAAUUAUUACAGUAGCUUACAUAUGUUUACUCUAAAUAAUAGUUUAUUCUAAUUUGUACCCCCCCCCCCCCCAUAAAA